AUGGAAAAUUAUUCUUAUUCUCCUUACCUCGACUGCGGCAACUCUUCCCCGCACUCUCGAGAAAUCGACUGCGAGAAUCAGUCAUGGGACGAGCUUCCGUCCAACUCCAAAGUCAAGUUCAUGUGCAGUUACGGCGGCAAAAUCCAGCCCAGACCACAUGAUAAGCAGCUCGCUUACAUCGGCGGUGACACCAAAAUCUUAACUGUUGAACGGAAUAUCAAGUUCAAAGUCAUUAUGAAUAAACUUUCUGCUCUUUACGGCAAUGACAAUUUUUGCUUCAAGUAUCAGCUUCCCGGCGAAGACCUCGAUGCUUUGAUUUCUGUGACCAAUGACGAGGAUCUUGAGCACAUGAUGUUAGAGUACGAUCGCCUGGUUCGUGCUUCACACAAACCGGCAAGGUUGAGACUCUUUUUGUUUACAUUGAAUUCCAAAAUAACGUCGGAUUUUGGUGCAAGUGAGACGAAAUCCGAGCGACAGUGGUUUGUGGACGCUUUAAAUUCGGUCCAGAUCCAGCAUCUUGAUGGCUCUUCGCCGCCAGCAGCCGCUGUAUUGGCGACAAAUCCCCAUUUUUUGUUUGGAUUAGAUAAACUGAAAAUGCCGGAAACUGUUGCGAUGAAGAUAAUUUCAGAUGUAGUUGAGAAGGAAGUAACAGCAGGAGCCGAUUGUGGAUCUGAGGAUCGACACGUGAUGGAAGAUCAGAUGAUGGAGAUCCAGAGGCAAGAAUUACAUAGAUUGAAUAUUGGUGGAAUUAAUACUCAUGAACAAGCGAACCAAAAUCCCAGAGUUGGUUACGCCGGGCAGAAACUUGUUCCGGAGAAAAUUGCUCCUCCACCGGGGGCAAUUCCCUCGCCAAUGCAAAUAUCAGUUCCAUCUGAGUAUAUACCGGAACGCCAUACGACAGCUGCCAAUUAUCCGAUUGAGCAGGCCGUUUAUUACAUUCCAGCUGCUUCAGCCGCUGGUGUUUAUUCGGCUCCAACUUUGCGACCCGUUACUGGGGUAACGGGUCAAGCUUAUUACGGAGUGCAGAGGGUGGUACAGGAACAACCAGUGUACAAUGCGGUAGCAGCGGCAGCUGGUUCAAUUCAGCAGCAGGUGAAAGGUGGGCUAGUGGCUGAGCCUGGUUAUGUACAAGUGGGUUAUGAUGGUGCAGGGAGACAGGUGUAUUACACGUCAGCUGCAGCCCCAGCAGCAGGAGUGAUGGCGCAAUACCAGGCGGUGGCUGUGGAUGGAAAGCAAGGUGGUGGAGCAUUGAAUCAGGAGGGUAAGACAGUUGUGACUAAUAAUGGGUCAUCAAACUAG